AUGGAAAGCGAGGUUUUUAUGCCCCAUCUAGAGCAAUUUAUGCUCAGCCCGCUUGUCAUUUGGGUAAGUACCCUUCUACAUGUUAAUAACGUAGCAAUGAUAAAUGUCCUUGGCAUUGAUUUUCCCCAUUAAUAAGGAACUAAUAACGCUUUUCUUCUUUCUUUUGUUUAGGUGAAGACAUUUGGGCAAAACGAUGGGAACAUGACAUUGGAUUAUUCCGAGUUACUGGAUGGGGUAGUUAUGAACAAGAUCAUGGUUCAAAUGUACGUUUUGUCUGUUUUUGUUUUGUUUAGUUGCACAUUUUGUCCUAUGCACUGCAGCCAAUAAGGAAGUUGGCUCUAUGCCGGCCUGUUGUAGCCUAAUCCAAGUUAGUGAGCAGCAGUGUCCAGAUAAAACAGUUACAGUUUAGCUGGAAUUUGACACAUUUUGAACCAGUAGCCCAUGUCAAUGAUUGGCUCAUCAACCACUUCCUCUCAUCUGACAGCAAGCUACAAUGUUGCUCAUAAUGUUGCUGUGAUCAUCCAUGCUAAUAAUGAGAGAAGUUAUAUAAUAAUAGGCUAUUUAACUUGGUUGUGUUUUGACUAUAAGCUGAGUGCCAGUCUGUCUCUGCUAUCAUGCUAACUCCAUGUCAGUCAUUGUCAUGUUUGGCGUGACAAUGACAGCAAUGGAGUUAGGAAAUGCACAAAUAGGUCUGGGACCAGGCCAUUUUGACUCCAUUCCCCUCAGAAUUACAUUUGGGCAUGCUAUAAAUAGAGUGAGUUCUGGUGCCAUCUUCAUGCAAAACAUUAAUGAGCAAAGUGAUAUAACACUUAACCUGUUUGUACUCCAGUGCUCUCAGAAUUUUGCAGCAUUUUGAGAAUGCUAUUUUUAGAGUGCGUUGUGCUGGGUUGGUUAGGGUCAUUCUGCCUGACAUUUUGUGUUUUCAGAAUGAAGUUGUGUUCUUGUCUGUGUCUGCGUAUAGGCUAGUGGAUACAGCUGUUACUGAUAGAGCAUGAAAGCAGCUGAAGUUCUUAUGAACUAGUCAAUGCUACACAACAGCGCAUGCUUUGUCACUCACUGGCUCUGAACGAGUUUUUUGUCGUCUAAAUGCCUCAGUCAAGAAUAUGUACUACUGUAACAUUUCUAAUUGGUUUCCAGAAAAGGUCUAGCCUGAGUCCCAGAUCAGUUUGUGCUGUCUUUCCAACUCCAUUGCUGAUGUGACAAUGACAGCAACGAAGUUGGCAUGACAGUACAAAACAGAUCUGGGACUAAAGAGGUUUUUGUGUCAAGUCCAUAGCCAUCGAAGUCUUAAAGGAAAUCUUCAAGAGCUUAUUGAAUAGCUUAUUGUUGGGGUACCUUAUGGCUGGGAGAAUUAUCAUCAUCACCCCCCUAAUCAUCACACACUGAUGACCCCUCUGAUAGACAGUCAUUAGUGUGACUGACUAUGGCUGGGGGUUUGUUAGACCCAGGCUGUCCAAUGAAAAGGCACUAUAACCCCAUAGAACAACUUUUAAUUUGGGUAGAUAUAGCCUAGUUCUGAAUCUGAGGUACCUGACUUUGUGAGUGUAUAAUAUCAAUAUCUAGGACUAAUGUAGGCUAUGUUUGAAGGGACCCAACUAACUAGAGGUUUAAAAAAAUAUAUAUCCUGUGUUCUCAGGGAUAAGAGCGUCUGUCACAGUCUGGCUAGCCCACCGGGGCUAAAAAAACAAUACACACACACACAUACUCACACCCAAACCCCCCCCCCCCCCCACACCACACACACACACACACAAUGCUGGGGCCUGCCGGUGGGUUAGGUUUAGGAUAAUCCCUUGGAUUGCAUGGAGACCCUCUGGAUUAGGGGCUUGUUGAUAGUGUUUAGUUUUAUGAGGAGAGAGAGACAGAUGGCAGAGAGGGAGACAGUAGUGGCUCAGACCUACAGGAGACUAUGGGGUCAUCCUCAUUAGGGCUCACAGUAGCGAAACAUUUUGCAAUGGCAAUCGAAAAUUAGUGUUUCUUAUUGAACCACUUCAGGUAGUCCCUCCCUGUUUUGGGAUCUUUGCUUCCAUUUGCUGCCUAAUGAAUACACCCAUGGACAGAUGUCAGGGUACAUCCUAUCUGUUACAGGAGGCUGAGGCCAAAUAGGUUUAGGUCACUGUGUCAGUCAGAUUGCCAGUCGUUAGGGAAAUUGAAAUGGCUGGGAAGGGAGUGGGUGAAAGAAGGGAGGACUCUUUUAGGUGCUUGAUUGGAGUGUUGCUAGCCUGGUCCCAGAUCUGUUCGUGCUCUCUUCCCAACUCGCACGUGUCAAGGACCAUAGGAGUUGAAAAGACAGCGCAAACAGAUCUGGGACCAACCUCUCUUUCAUAACGUCUGAGAUCCCCAGAGAUUGGAAAGCUGCCGCGGUCAUCCCCCUCUUCAAAGGGGGUGACACUCUAGAUCCAAACUGCUACAGACCUAUAUCCAUCCUGCCCUGCCUUUCGAAAGUAUUUGAAAGCCAAGUUAACAAACAGAUCACCGACCAUUUCGAAUACCACCGUACCUUCUCCGCUAUGCAAUCCGGUUUCCGAGCUGGUCAUGGGUGCACUUCAGCCACGCUCAAGGUCCUAAACGAUAUUAUAACCGCGAUUGAUAAUAGACAGUACUGUGCAGCCGUCUUCAUCGACCUGGCCAAGGCUUUCGACUCUGUCAACCACCGCAUUCUUAUUGGCAGACUAAAUAGCCUUGGUUUCUCAAAUGACUGCCUCGCCUGGUUCACCAACUACUUCUCAGAUAGAGUUCAGUGUGUCAAAUCGGAGGGCCUGUUGUCUGGACCUAUGGCAGUCUCUAUGGGGGUGCCACAGGGUUCAAUUCUUGGGCCGACACUUUUCUCCGUGUAUAUCAAUGAUGUCGCUCUUGCUGCUGGUGACUCUCAGAUCCACCUCUACGCAGACGACACCAUUUUGUAUACAUCUGGCCCUUCAUUGGACACUGUGUUAACAAACCUCCAAACGAGCUUCAAUGCCAUACAACACUCCUUCAGUAGCCUCCAACUGCUCUUAAACACUAGUAAAACUAAAUGCAUGCUUUUCAAUCGAACGCUGCUGGCACCCGCCCACCCGACUAGAAUCACCACUCUCGACGGGUCUGACCUAGAGUAUGUGGACAACUACAAAUACCUAGGUGUCUGGUUAGACUGUAAACUCAACUUCCAGACUCACAUAAAGAAUCUCCAAUCCAAAGUUAAAUCUAGAAUCGGCUUCCUAUUUCGCAACAAAGCCUCCUUCACUCAUGCUGCCAAACAUGCCCUCGUAAAACUGACUAUCCUACCGAUCCUUGACUUCGGCGAUGUCAUUUACAAAAUAGCCUCCAACACUCUACUCAGCAAAUUGGAUGUAGUCUAUCACAGUGCCAUCCGUUUUGUCUCCAAAGCCCCAUACACUACCCACCACUGUGACCUGUACGCUCUUGUUGGCUGGUCCUCACUAAAUGUUCGUCGUCAAACCCACUGGCUCCAGGCCAUCUAUAAAUCACUGCUAGGCAAAUCCCCGCCUUAUCUUAGCUCAUUGGUCACCAUAGCAGCACCCACCUGUAGUCUGCGCUCCAGCAGGUAUAUCUCACUGGUCAUUCCCAAAGCCAACACCUCCUUUGGCCGCCAUUCCUUCCAGUUCUCUGCUGCCAAGGACUGGAACAAAUUGCAAAAAUCUCUGAAGCUGGAGACUCUUAUCUCCCUCAAUAACUUUAAGCAUCAGUUGUCAGAGCACCUUACCGAUCACUGCACCUGUACACAGCCCAUCUGAAAUUAGCCCACCCAACUACCUCAUCCCUAUAUUGUUAUUUAUUUUGCUCUUUUGCACCCCAGUAUCUCUAUUUGCACAUAAUCUCUUGCACAUCUAGCAUUCCAGUGUUAAUACUAUUGUAAUUAUUUUGCACUAUAGCCUAUUUAUUGCCUUACCUCCAUAACUUGCUACAUUUGCACACACUGUAUAUAUAUUUUCUGUUGUAUUUUUGACUUUAUGUUUUUUACCCCAUAUGUAACUCUGUGUUGUUUUUAUUGCACUGCUUUGCUUUAUCUUGGCCAGGUCGCAGUUGUAAAUGAGAACCUGUUCUCAACUGGCUUACCUGGUUAAAUAAAGGUGAAAAAAAAAAAAAAAAAAAAAAAGAGUGGAGCAGACUGAUGCUAUGGCUAGAGAGCAGCUACCCUUUGGCUGUGAAUGCAUCAUGCCACCAGCCUGACAGAGGGAAUGAUGUAAUGGGGCAGAAAAAGAGGGGAAAACAGAGAGAGAGCUAGAAGCAGGUUUGAUGGGAGUUAAAGCCAAGUUUAGCCAGAUGUACUAUAUCCUUAUAGCACCUGGUUUACCACAUAACUCACCACCUUUGUGGCUGUAGCUGAAAUACGUCUUAGAAAUAGCAUUCUUAUAUAAUGUCAUAAUGAUUUAAUUUCCUUCAGAAAUCCCACAGGUAACACUUUACCAUCUUUGUGGCUGUAGCUGAAAUACAAUGUUGUAAUAAAGCUGCUAUAACGUUAUUAUAAUGUUUUCAUUCUCCUCAGAAACCCCAAAGCCACACUUGAGAGUGUCAACAAAGUGAACAACGACCCCAGUCAGAGGAUUCUGAACCUGACCGUUCUCAUCCGUCAAAUCAAAACCUAUUACCUAGUGAGUUACAGUUAUGGAUGUUCCCUCUUAGCUAAGUUUCCACCAUUAACAUCUUUCCCCAUUGCCAUUAAACAUCCCUCCCUCUUAUACUCUAUGGAACAUUUGAAAUGCAUGAUGGGAAGGGUUAAUACCCUCUAAGUGGGGAGAGCAGCUCUCUGCACAUCUGGCCCACUGACCUGGCCUGAUCUGGUCCGCCACCACCACCCACCAGACUGUCAACCAGGCUCUUCUUAAGACGACUGCCCUAAAUAUCACCACAUCCACCAUGUAAACAUCUGUGCAAUCAGUGUUUGUCGUUAGGGAGGCUACAGUAAUGUCUGUGCCAGACCUACAAAGCUUUGGAAUGACCCAUUUCGGUGGGCUCACGACAGCGACUGAGAGAGUCCCUCUCAGUCGCGACUGUCUAUCUGUCUAAUGCUGCGGUUUGAAUGAAAGCAAUUGUAGUAAUUAAAAACAGAGCAGUUCUACAGACAUACGAUCAGUAGGGAUUGGGAAAUAGAGAAUUAAGGUUUCCUUCCGGUGGGUUAGAAAAUAUAGUGCAAUGUGAAUGUGUGAGAGCCGAGACAUACUUUGUAUUGUUAUAUUUCCAGUGUGGAGAUCAUUUUGACAGACAAUUCAUCUAGCUAGUUUGUUUGUUUGUUUGGACCGACGUUUGUAUGGAACACAAUUAUUCUAGUAUCUGUAUUUAUUUGUACAAAUCCUCAUCAUACAGCACACAUAGUGUAUCAUUAUAUCAUCUAGAAAAAUAAAAGAAUGAUAGUCUUUUGAAAUUAUAUUGUCCUAGUUGAUCUAUAAAGGGUCUGUGGUGUGUUUACCACAGUUGAGUACCAGUUCAAUCUCAUCAUUGCAGCAAUCUACUUUCCCAAGGGUUUGAUUUGGAUUCCAGCAAAAAAACAGGUUAGAAAACACCAAGAACAAGCAAGAUAUCUAAUGAAUUCCCCUCAGAAUUCCCUAUGGGUCCUGGUCAAAAAGGAGUGCACUAUUUCAGGAAUGGAUUGCCAUUUGGGACGUAUGCUUAGAUGGCAAAUGAAGACGGCAGCUCUCCUCUCUCUGUCUGCAGUAAUGUAGGCUACAAUGCUUGAUCAAGAGAUGGAAUGGAGUUUGUUUCCCAGACACUAUCAUUUCAGGACAGAUUCAAAUUUUGUCAUAUUUGGACAGAAUUAUUUUGGAAUAGGCCUAGUUUGUGUAGUAUUAGAUUUGUGCAUUUUGUGACAGGAUUUUGAAAUAUAUUUAUUUUUGUCAUAUUCAACUGCAUUGUUGCAGCUGUAAUCUCUAUGUCAAAGUCAUCCAAGUCUUAUUUUGUGUUUAGUGCACCAAUCACUGGUUGAAGAGAUGAUUUUAUCUCAACUCCGCUAUAAACCGCAAUCAAAAACAUUGACUUCACUUCAUAAUCAGAUUUUAGCUCGAGGGGGAAAGCAAAGUGACCCCAGAGCCCAGUCCCUUGGACAUUCCUCACUGGAAAUGGGUCGCGGUCACUGGAAAAUUUGACUGGUUGGUUGGAUGGCGGUGGUUGAUUUUACUGCACCACAGCUGCAUGGCUAGCCAGACUGGAACUCUCUUACUAUGGACUUUACUAAUUGUUUCCUGGACUAAAGAGGGGCCCUGGUUUUCUCAAGGGGAAAUUAAACAUUGCAUUACAUAUCCCCACCACAUUAGCCUAGCUAGCCACUGCAGCAACCAACAACAGACAUGGGUUCAAAUAGUAUUUAUUUUCUUCCCAAUACUUUCGCUGUGCGUGAUUGCGCUUGCACUGGCGCAAUGGAACCAACGGAAUAGUCCCUAAAGUGCAAACCCCGCCCACAUGGCAGUCGAGGCAGGCUAAAUAAAACGUGCAACAUAUUUGAAAGAAAAUACAUUUUAUUUUGAGCUCAGGUCUGAUCAACAAUUCCCCAGACUGGGAAGUGUCCUGGCACCACUGGCAUAUAUAGGCUGAAAGGGUUAUGCAUAAAGAAGCACCAAGGAAACUGACCAUUUCUUACAGCCAUUCUGGUCCCUCUCCAUCUGUUGGCACCAAGUCUACAUGUAUUGAAAUGCCUGACUAUACAUACACAACCCUACUCAUUCAGAUAGCAUUGGCCAGAUCCCAACAGUGUUUUUUGUCCUCCUGUCUCACUCUUUCAUUGUCCUUUUCUGUACCCAUCCUCCCUUUUUCAUCCCCCCUUUUCUCUCUUUCCUAGGAAACUCUGAGGCAGCUGAUCAUGAUGCCCUUACCCAACGUGUUGGUGCUUGGCAAGACUCCUCACUGUGGUACGCAUGCCCACCGUUCCCACACUGUUUUACAUUCAGUUGAGAAACCCAAAGAGAGAGCAGUACGCCCUUUAAAUUCUACUGGUGGCUAUUGAAUUCUAUGUAAAGUACAGUACUAUUUUAGUUUUACAGAUGUAGGAUCUUAAUUUCAAACUUUUAGUGUAUUCAAGAUUUUAAAAGGCUUUUAAAGUUGGUCAUUUCCACUCUAAAAUGUCAGACUUGAUUUGCCCUAAUAAAAAAUGUAUCAACUCCUACAAACAUUUUCAUAAAUUAUAAUCCACACAAUAAUUUACAUUUCCUGUUGCUGCAGGAUUAUUUCCCUUCUGUGAGAAAGUGGUCAAAUUAAAAUCCUACAUCUGUACUUAAGGACUACUGUAUACUUGGUUUGCCAGUCACACACCUCUGUUGAGAGACUAUAAAUAGAAUAACUACUGUAUCUGUGAAAUACAUUUUGUGAGAUGAUUGACACCAUCUUAGAGUUUGCAGUAUCAUCCUUCCAUUUGUUGUCCAUGACAUACCAUAAUAUAAUUAUUCAUAUGAGUAAACGAAAUUCAAACCAGCCCAGUUCAUUGCAAUGCUGCCCUAAGUUGACCUCAAAACUCCUAUAAGACAGACUUUAAGAAUUCCUUUACUGUCUGUGUCUUUAGCAAAUGCAUAAUUCAAUUGCACACCAUCAGUCUGAUAGAUAUGCUAGCCUUGGUGGCAGGCUCUGGCCAAAUUCACACAGCAGCCUGCCUCAAGUUAGGCUACAUCUGAAGCUACAUCUCCUUUAAUCAUUUACUUUCAUCUAAAUGUAGUGUGAGGUUUGUAUUUUUGUGUUUUCUCCUCAGAGCAAAGUCUGGAGGAAAUGAAGAAAUUACUUCUACUCUUAUUGGGAUGUGCUGUCCAGGUAGGAGGGGUUGGAGGGGUGUGUGUAGUUGUGUGUCGCUAUGUGUGUGUGUGUGUGUGGGGGGGGGUGGUGCGUCUGUGCUCGCUUUUGUGUGUCUGAAAUUCAAAUGGAAAAAUAUUGUUUUAGCUAGCUCAUAAUUGAGGAUUUGAGGGGGACCCCUGUUUCACCUCACCAACAGGAUGUCCGUACCCCAGGCUAGGCUACACACACUCAUUAAGACCUUAAUCUACUAUACCCACUCUGUGUUUACAGUGUGACAAGAAAGAGGAGUACAUCGAACGCAUCCAGACCCUUGACUUUGACACGAAAGCAGCCAUAGCUGCUCAUAUCCAAGAGGUAGAGUAUCUUGUUCCACAUUGCGCUUGUCCCUGGUCUGUGCAUGACAUUGACAGCAGUAGAGUCGGCAAGACAGAUCUGGGACUCAGGCUAGCUUGUUCCACAUUCAAUAACGUGCAUAUUUCUCUUAUGUUGAAGUAUUAGCCAUUGAGGACAUGCCAAGGGAAGGCUAUCCAUUUGCAAACAUGCACAAACAGUGUUGUGAUUUAAAUAAUUAUCCAUUUUUUAAAGCGUUAUUAACAUUCAUUUUACAAUAAUACAUUAAAGGCCCUAUAUAGCCACCGGGCUGUUAGUAAACAACAACAACAUAAUAAUAGUAAUGAUAAUAAUAAUAAUAAAUCUAUUUAGCAUGCGUGCAUACAUUUUACAUGUGGGUGGUCCCGGGAAUCGAACCCACUACCCUGGCUGUACAAGCGCCAUGCUCUACCAACUUAGCUACAAAGGACAACAUUUAUAGCUUUAUACCACAUUUAUAGCACCACAUGUAUUUAUUAAGGAGAACACUAAUACCUUUUAUAGUAUUUAGGUCAUAUGAGAAAUUAUGUAAUUAUUUCCCUCAGGUAAUAGAAGUUCACAUGGAACUUAAGUCAUAAGUCAGGAGCAAUGCAAACUAAAUGAAAAGGCUUUAGGAUUCCCCCCAGGAAUGAACACCAAAGGAACAUUCUAGCACGUGUUGUCUUGUCUGCAUGACAACAAUACACAAAGUCCUGUUACUGUUACACAGCACAAUCAUCAAGCGCUUAUUGAGGACAGUGUGCAAUGAAAAACUGUCAUAUCAUUGCCAGUCUUCCUGUCUAGUCACAGAGGCACUCCCACUUGGUUGCCAAUAACAUUGGUCCAAACAUUGUCAUUUGAAAUACAUACGCUGGGUGUUUCGCAACAUUAGAGGGUGUGUCUAAUAACACACCUAGAUAUCGCUAAAAGACCUGCACAAUAUUACACUAUACUUGCCUACACACAGUAACAUGUUUUAGGGUCAUUUAUUAUGAAGUGGGACCUAUGUACAGUAUCAUUCCAUGUACUGCUUUGAGAUGCAUAUACAGUGAGGGAAAAAAGUAUUUGAUCCCCUGCUGAUUUUGUACAUUUGCCCACUGACAAAGAAAUGAUCAGUCUAUAAUUUUAAUGGUAGGUUUAUUUGAACAGUGAGAGAAAGAAUAACAACAAAAGAAUCCAGAAAAACGCAUGUCAAAAAUGUUAUAAAUUGAUUUGCAUUUUAAUGAGGGGAAUAAGUAUUUGACCCCUCUGUAAAACAUGACUUAGUACUUGGUGGCAAAACCCUUGUUGGCAAUCACAGAGGUCAGACGUUUCUUGUAGUUGGCCACCAGGUUUGCACACAUCUCAGGAGGGAUUUUGUCCCACUCCUCUUUGCAGAUCUUCUCCAAGUCAUUAAGGUUUCGAGGCUGACGUUUGGCAACUCGAACCUUCAGCUCCCUCCACAGAUUUUCUAUGGGAUUAAGGUCUGGAGACUGGCUAAACCACUCCAGGACCUUAAUGUGCUUCUUCUUGAGCCACUCCUUUGUUGCCUUGGCCGUGUGUUUUGGGUCAUUGUCAUGCUGGAAUACCCAUCCACAAUACCAUUUUCAAUGCCCUGGCUGAGGGAAGGAGGUUUUCACCCAAGAUUUGAAGGUACAUGGCCCCGUCCAUCGUCCCUUUGAUGCGGUGAAGUUGUCCUGUCCCCUUAGCAGAAAAACACCCCCAAAGCAUAAUGUUUCCACCUCCAUGUUUGACGGUGGGGAUGGUGUUCUUGGGGUCAUAGGCAGCAUUCCUCCUACUCCAAACACGGCGAGUUGAGUUGAUGCCAAAGAGCUCGAUUUUGGUCUCAUCUGACCACAACACUUUCACCCAGUUCUCCUCUGAAUCAUUCAGAUGUUCAUUGGCAAACUUCAGACGGGCAUGUAUAUGUGCUUUCUUGAGCAGGGGGACCUUGCGGGCACUGCAGGAUUUCAGUCCUUCACGGUGUAGUGUGUUACCAAUUGUUUUCUUGGUGAUUAUGGUCCCAGCUGCCUUGAGAUCAUUGACAAGAUCCUCCCAUGUAGUUCUGGGCUGAUUCCUCACCGUUCUCAUGAUCAUUGCAACUCCACGAGGUGAGACCUUGCAUGGAGCCCCAGGCCGAGGGAGAUUGACAGUUAUUUUGUGUUUCUUCCAUUUGCGAAUAAUCACACCAACUGUUGUCACCUUCUCACCAAGCUGCUUGGCGAUGGUCUUGUAGCCCAUUCUAGCCUUGUGUAGGUCUACAAUCUUGUCCCUGACAUCCUUGGAGAGCUCUUUGGCCUUGGCCAUGGUGGAGAGUUUGGAAUCUGAUUGAUUGAUUGCUUCUGUGGACAGGUGUCUUUUAUACAGGUAACAAACUGAGAUUAGGAGCACUCCCUUUAAGAGUGUGCUCCUAAUCUCAGCUCGUUACCUGUAUAAAAGACACCUGGGAGCCAGAAAUCUUUCUGAUUGAGAGGGGGUCAAAUACUUAUUUCCCUCAUUAAAAUGCAAAUCAAUUUAUAACAUUUUUGACAUGCAUUUUUCUAGAUUUUUUUGUUGUUAUUCUGUCUCUCACUGUUCAAAUAAACCUACCAUUAAAAUUAUAGACUGAUCAUUUCUUUGUCAGUGGGCAAACGUACAAAAUCAGCAGGGGAUCAAAUACUUUUUUCCCUCACUGUAUAUACAGUUUAAGUCAGAAGUUUACAUACACUUAGGUUGGAGUCAUUAAAACUAUUUUUUCAACCACUCCACAAAUUUCUUGUUAACAAACUAUAGUUUUGGUAAGUUGGUUCGGACAUCUACUUUGUGCAUGACACAAGUAAUUUUUCCAACAAUUGUUUGCAGACAGAUUAUUUCACUUAUAAUUCACUGUAUCACAAUUCCAGUGGGUCAGAAGUUUACUUACACUAAGUUGACUGUGCCUUUAAACAGCUUGGAAUAUUCCAGAAAAUGAUGUCAUGGCUUUAGAAGCUUUUGAUAGGCUAAUUGACAUCAUUUGAGUCAAUUGGAGGUGUACCUGUGGAUGUAUUUCAAGGUCUACCUUCAAACUCAUCAUGGGAAAAUCAAAAUAAAUCAGCCAAGACCUCAGAAAAAAAACUGUAGACCUCCACAAGUCUGGUUCAUCCUUUCCAAACGCCUGAAGGUACCACAUUCAUCUGUACAAACAAUAGUAUGCAAGUAUAAACACCAUGGGACCACGCAGCCGUCAUACCGCUCAGGAAGGAGACACGUUCUGUCUCCUAGAGAUGAACGUACUUUGGUGCGAAAAGUGCAAAUCAAUCCCAGAACAACAGCAAUGGACCUUGUGAAGAUGCUGGAGGAAACAGGUACAAAAGUAUAUAUAUACACAGUAAAACGAGUCCUAUAUUGACAUAACCUGAAAGGCCGCUCAGCAAGGAAGAAGCCACUGCUCCAAAACCGCCAUAAAAAAGCCAGACUACGGUUUGCAACUGCACAUGGGGACAAAGAUCGUACUUUUUUGAGAAAUGUCCUUUGGUCUGAUGAAACAAAAAUAGAACUGUUUGGCCAUAAUGACCAUCGUUAUGUUUGGAGGAAAAAGGGGGUAGCUUGCAAGCCGAAGAACACCAUCCCAACCGUGAAGCACGGGGGUGGCAGCAUCAUGCUGUGGGGGUGCUUUGCUACAGGAGGGACUGGUGCACUUCACAAAGUAGAUGGCAUCAUGAGGAAGGAAAAUUAUGUGGAUAUAUUGAAGCAACAUCUCAAGACAUCAGUCAGGAAGUUAAAGCUUGGUCGCAAAUGGGUCUUCCAAAUGGACAAUGACCCCAAGCAUACUUCCAAAGUUGUGGCAAAAUGGCUUAAGGACAACAAAGUCAAGGUAUUGGAGUGGCCAUUACAAAGCCCUGACCUCAAUCCUAUAGAACAUUUGUGGGCAGAACUGAAAAAGCUUGUGCGAGCAAGGAGGCCUACAAAGCUCAGUUACACCAGCUCUGUCAGGAGGAAUGGGCCAAAAUUCACCCAACUUAUUGUGGGAAGCUUUUGGAAGGCUACCCGAAACGUUUGACCCAAGUUAAACAAUUUAAAGGCAAUGCUACCAAGUACUAAUUGAGUGUAUGUAAACUUCUGACCCACUGGGAAUGUGAUGAAAGAAAUAAAAGCGGAAAUAAAGUGGUGAUCAUUCUUGGGAGAUGGUCAUGUGGUCUGAUGAGACAAAAAUAGAGAUUUUUGGUCUAAACUCCACUCGCCGUGUUUGGAGGAAGAAGAAGGAUGAGUACAACCCCAAGAACACCAUCCCAACCAUGAAGCAUGGAGGUGGAAACAUCAUUCUUUGGGGAUGCUUUUCUGCAAAGAGGACAGGACGACUGCACCGUAUUGAGGGGAGGAUGGAUGGGGCCAUGUAUCGCGAGAUCUUGGCCAACAACCUCCUUCCCUCAGUAAGAGCAUUGAAGAUGGGUCGUGGCUGGGUCUUCCAGCAUGACAACGACCCUAAACACACAGCCAGGGCAACUAAGGAAUGGCUCUGUAAGAAGCAUCUCAAGGUCCUGGAGUGGUCUAGCCAGUCUCCAGACCUGAACCCAAUAGAAAAUCUUUGGAGGGAGUUGAAAGUCUGUAUUGCCCAGCGACAGCCCCGAAACCUGAAGGAUCUGGAGGUCUGUAUGGAGGAGUGGGCCAAAAUCCCUGCUGCAGUGUGUGCAAACCUGGUCAAGACCUACAGGAAACGUAUGAUCUCUGUAAUUGCAAACAAAGGUUUUUGUACCAAAUAUUAAGUUCUGCUUUUCUGAUGUAUCAAAUACUUAUGUCAUGCAAUAAAAUGUAUUACUUAAAAAUCAUACAAUGUGAUUUUAUGGAUUUUUGUUUUAGAUUCCGUCUCUCACAGUUGAAGUGUACCUAUGAUAAAAAUUACAGACCUCUACAUGCUUUGUAAGUAGGAAAACCUGAAAGAUCGGCAGUGUAUCAAAUACUUGUUCUCCCCACUGUAUAUAUAGAGCGAGAGAGAGUAAAGCACCAAACACUCCAUAUAAAGGGACUAUAAAGGAACAUGAUAUACUGUAAACCACAAGAGGCUGCUGAGAGAAGGACGGGAGGGAAGGACUGCUCAUAAUAAUGGUCGGAACGGAGCGAAUGGAAUGGCUUCAAACCAUGUGUUUGAUCAAAUUCCACUUAUUCCGCUCCAGUCGUUACCACGAGCCCGUCCUCCCCAGUUAAGGUGCCACCAACCUUCUGUGCUGUAAAUCGUUGUGACUGCAACUCUCUGUUCCUCCCUGUGAUUGGUCAGGUUACCCACAGUCAGGACAGUGUACUGGACCUCCAUUGGCUGGAGGCCAGCGAGCUCUGUGCUGAGGACCUGGAGACCCUGUUCAGACGACUGGUGGACCAGAGAGACACACAGCUGGAGGUAGGGGGUUAUAAAUGGGUUAUGAAUGUGUUACGAAGUCCUUAUGUGGGCCUGGUGGACCAGAGACACACACAGCUGGAGGUAGGGGCCACUGUUGUCAUACUGCACAGUGUUUAUAGGUCUGACCUUGCUGAGUCAUACAAGAUCUUGCUGUGCCAUAAAAUAUUAUGUAAUUUGACAAUAAUGUAUUUCAAUGGAAUAUCUUUGAGCAUUGUCUUACUAGGCUUUUAUAGCAGUAGUUACUGAUUUACUUUUUAUAUGGAUCUGUGGUGAAAUGGAGGAAGUUGAACUUGAUUAACUCGAACUUGAAAUGAAAGGUGAAGGUGAAGUAAGUGUCAUUUCUUGUCCUAUUUUCUUCGAUCCUCUGUUCUUUUCUCCUCCCCACCCCAGACUAUUUUAGAGCUAAUGCAGGAGAGAGAGUCCACUCCGUCACCCUCUCCGCCCAGCGCCCAGUCCCCCAGCGACUGUCCCAGCAUGCAACAGCAGGCGGCAUCCCACCAGCACCUGUCUGUAGAGCUGGCCGACGCCAAGGCCAAGAUCAGACGGCUGCGCCAGGAGCUGUGAGUAGUCAGAGAUAAGGACAGUGCUCGUCCCAACCCUCCCACUCAGUGGUCAUAAAGUAACCUGGGCUUGACAAUGACAGCAAUGGAGUUGGCAAGACAGCACAAACAGAUCUCGGGCGCAGGCUAAGCAUAAAUGCCUUUUAAAAGCACAAUCUGUCAUUUGAACAGUACUGCAGUACUGCUUCAGGACUUUCUGAGUCAUCUUCCACCCAACUGCUCAUUGUCUUUAGAGGAUAUGUAAUUUCCCUAACCCAGCGUUAGAGGAUAUACUGUAUGUAAGCCUUCUUUAAAGAACUCAAAAGCACCCUAGGGCAUCUUCAUUUUCUGUUUUAUAUUCUAUACAUUUGAAAUAGCAUGAAUAAGAGCAACUAGUUCCAGUAGAAAGCAUAAUUUGUGGUUGUUGAAUGAAUUGAAAGCAAAUUCUAUAAGUGCUUUUUUUUCUCGGGUAGUCUCCACAUAUGUUUGGAGGUUAAACAGUUGAGCUGUGAGACAAGGCAAAACAGUCAACCGUGAAGAGAGACAGAGGCAAAGAGAGAGAGUGAGAGAGAGAGAGAGAGAGAGAGAGAGAGAGAGAGCGAGAGAGAGAGAGAGAGAGAGAGAGAGAGAGCAAGAGAGAGAGAGAGAGAGAGAGAGAGAGAGAGAAAGGCUGCCUGAACUGAUACAGGAGAAGGCGCCUGGGGGUAGCUUGGCCCAGAUUACUCCCUCUAUUCUCUCCCUGGCCUGCCUUGGCAUGAACCUCCAUGGCCUUGCAUCGCCAUUGACCCACUUUGGCCCUCUUCCUCCCUGCCACCCCCCAGACCUGAUUCAGCCCUCCAUCUCUCCUCCUCUUCUCUCUAUCGCUUUCAUUGUCUAACUGGGAUAUGCUGACUCUAGCCCGCGGGCAUACAGUACAGCAGUACAGGAUCCUCAUAAUGUAACCCAACACUGCAUGACAUUGCGUUUAGUCUAUUCUGUCCCUAGAAAUGUAAUAGCUUUAGGUUGUAGUGCAAACUUAAUGUCAACAAAGUGAUAGGUUUGUAAAAAAAAAAAAACAUGUACGAGAGAAGCUUUUCUCCUAGGGAUUAUAAAGAAUAGUCACACAGGGGAUGUCAUAGUACUGAACAGUAUGCUGCUACUUCCCAGAGAAACAGAGGGUGGAGGAAGGGUUGGUCUUGGUGCUGCAGUGCUGUGUGUGCUGGAAUGUGGCCAGCAAGCAGGAGCCAGGCAUCAGAUAUCUGCACUCUUAGAAAAAAGGGUUCCAAAAGGGUUCUGCGGCUGUCCCCAUAGAAUAACCUUUUUUGGUUCCAGGUAGAAUCCUUUUUGGUUCCAGAUAGAACCCUCUGUAGAAAGUGUUCUACAUGGAACCCAAAAGGGCUAUACCUAGAACCAAAAGGGGUUCUUCAAAGGGUUCUCUUAUAUAAUAUUCCAUUUAACAUGUUAAAUGUCUUCACCAAGAGCUGUAUAUAAUGUCUGUAUGACCUACUGUAUCUGUAUGAGUGGGUGGGUGGUAGAAGUUGGGACUGUGCGUGCAUGUGCAAGCAUGCAUUUGUGCGGAAACAUUAAGAAAAGAUCUGCAUACCUACACCAUCUCCCCUCCCUCCCUCCCUCCCUCCCUCCCUCCCUCCCAGAGAGGAGAAGAGUGAGCAGGUACUGGACUGCAGACAGGAGCUGGAGAACAUGGAGGCUGAGUUCAAGAGGAUUCAACAGGAGGUAGAUAGAAGUGAUGCACGCACACACAUACACACACACACACACACACACACACACAAACACACACAUACACGCACACACACACACACACACACACACGGACCUCCUCUCUAACCCUCUCUAACCCUCAGACACACAGUAACCUUACUUCUAAUCAGAGAUUAUUCAGACUAAUGUACACUAUACUCUAGUGUAGAUAAAGUCUUAGUGCUUAGCUAGUGACAGUGGCUAAACCACAACACUGUUUUCUACAACAGUACGAAAGCUGCAGCUUGAUCUCCUGAAUUCCUAAAUCUGUCUCAAAGAGAGAUUUCUUAUUUAUUUUCAUGCCAUCAAGUGGGUUACAUGGUCAGGGCAACCUCUCAUAAACUCAAUGAAAUUCAAAUCUUCAAAGAAUAAAUACAGUAUAGAUAGCUUCUUUUAAACUGUAGAUUUAUUUUAAGACAGGAGCUACUUCCAAUCAUUUUCUUCUCCCCACCUGAGAGAACUUUUGCUGUAUAUUUACAACACGAUGGUGUCCCAUGUAUGUGUCUGUGUCCGUAUCAGAACUCUGUAUUGCAAGCGGAGGCCCGGUCAGCCCGUACAUACCGUGAUGAGCUGGAUGCCCUGAGAGAGAGGGCCAUCAGGGCUGACAAGCUGGAGAGUGAGGUGGGACGAUACCGCGAGAAACUACACAACAUGGAGUUCUACAAGGCCAAAGUGGAGGUACUGUACUGUACGGAGAAACACAUUGAAUACUCAGAAUCUAGCAUGAUAAACAGCCAAUGCUGUUUUACCUUCAAAUGUGAAUUUAAUCCACUGUUACAUUUAUAUCAGAACGUUUCAGAAUGCAAAGCACCACAGCUACUAAUAUUUCAAAACAAUGUGUCUUAUCUGGUAGGAGCUGAAGGAGGAUAACUCUGUGUUGCUGGAGACCAAGGGUGUACUGCAGCAACAGCUGGCGGGGUGGAGGGCCCGCUCUGAUAAACUACACCAGCUAGAGAAACACAACCUGCUGCUCAACACCAGGGUCCACGUCAUGGAGCAGGUAGAAUACAUGGGGUAUUAUGUAGUGGAAACUGGUUAAAGGAUAAGUGAAGGAUAGGGAAAUGACUGGUCUUAGUACAGGGGAGGAUGUGUAUUGGAAGAUGCAUGCGAUGGAACAGGUUGAUGGACAGAGAGGAUCAUACAUGCUAGAUUACGUUGUGGACAUGUGUGUUCCAUGGUCAAAAGAUCAUACUUUCGAAGCAGAUUAGAUAGAGAAAUAGGAACUGGUCGUAGUGGAAGGCCUUUAGAAUAACAACAUCAUCUCCCUCUCUUCUCCUCUCUCUGCCCUUCCCAGGAGAAGGAGGUGGACAGGAGGCGCAUGGAGGAGCUGCUGGAGGAGAACCUGGCCCUGGAGCUGGCCCAGAGGAGGAGCAUGGAGGAGUCACAGCAUCUAGGAUGGGAGCUGGAGCAGCUCUCCAGGAGCCCCGACAACUCACAGGGUAAGACUGACGGUUUACUCUACCCACUUCACCGGCCCUGUGAGCAGAGAUGGGAAAUAUGGAAACAUUCUCAUCAUUCUAUGUUAUGGACUAUUCUAAAUUAUAUGGCACAAAAAGGAGCACUUCAAUAAGAUCAGUGAAGAAAGAUUCCAUUUUUUAAUUUCAGUCAUUUUCUCACCUGUUUGUUCAUAGUGGAUGUUAUGUAACAGCUAGUUAAUAUUCCUGUUAUUCCUUGGGUCUGAUGGUUGUGUUCAGGUCAGAAGUCUCUGAGUGAGGAGGUGGUUGAUGGGACCAGGAGUCGUCUGCUGAGGCUGGAGAGAGAGAACCACAGCCUGCUCAGGACCAUAGAGGACCUGAGAGCUGACCGCAGCCUGGGACCGCAACGCAACCAUAACCAUGAGCACACACAGUGGGACAGCCAGCGACCCACAAACACGGUAACUAGCCAGGGACCACAACACAAACAUGAACACAAUAGCCACACACAGCUGCUCAGGGAGAAGACAUACAACCAUCAACCCACACGUUCAGAUUCCAGUAAUUCUAUUGAACUAUAGCAGUAAACAGUGCUAUUUCCAUGUCAAGAUGUUUCUUAUGUUUCCUUGUUUAUUAGGCUGAGGUGGUUAGAGAGUACCUUGGCAGUUUAGAUAACACCUCCUGGGAGCAGUCUGAAUUGGUCAUCAAAGAGGAUUGUGACAUUGAUAUAGACACAUCACAUCACAUGGACCCAAAGUGCAAUGGAGUAUCGGGUGACCUAGAGGGAGAGAUUGACCGACUGGAGAGAGAGAGCGAGACCCUCAAGGAGAAGAUGGACCUUCAGAAGCAAGAGAAAGGCCAACUCGAAGACGGAGAGUCUUGCGAUCUGAGUGACCCCAUGGCUGACCUGGAAGCAGUAGCUAAAGACAACACCCACAAUCUCCUUCAACUAAGUGCUUCAGUGUCUCUGACUCGUGAUUCCUCACCCUGCUCUAAGAACAAGAGUCCACGUCGGGAGAACAGUAGCACGGGGCUGCAGACAAGGUCUUCCUCUUCAUCCACUAAGCACACAGAGCGUCUGGAAGCUAAGUGUAGAGCACUGGACACAGAGAACCAGCGGCUUCAGGCUGCCCUGGACAACACAGGUUGGUCUCCUAUGAGAAAAGUGUGGUACUGCUGUCUCUUUGCAGCAUUUGGCUCUGUUGCUUUAUAUACAGGGGCAUGGAAUGGGCAAUGUGAUGUGCUUUAUUUGUUCAGGGAUCCAUAUGCUUGUUGAUUUUUGUGCUCUGUAUGCCGACAAACCUAAUGAUUGAUGAUUAUUAAAGUAGUAUAUGUUCAUUCAUAAUUUAUAUAUACAGUGGGGGAAAAAAAGUAUUUAGUCAGCCACCAAUUGUGCAAGUUCUCCCACUUAAAAAGAUGAGAGAGGCCUGUAAUUUUCAUCAUAGGUACACGUCAACUAUGACAGACAAAUUAAGAAAAAAAAAUCCAGAAAAUCACACUGUAGGAUUUUUAAUGAAUUUAUUUGCAGAUUAUGGUGGAAAAUAAGUAUUUGGUCACCUACAAACAAGCAAGAUUUCUGGCUCUCACAGACCUGUAACUUCUUCUUUAAGAGGCUCCUCUGUCCUCCACUCGUUACCUGUAUUAAUAGCACCUGUUUGAACUUGUUAUCAGUAUAAAAGACACCUGUCCACAACCUCAAACAGUCACACUCCAAACUCCACUAUGGCCAAGACCAAAGAGCUGUCAAAGGACACCAGAAACAAAAUUGUAGACCUGCACCAGGCUGGGAAGACUGAAUCUGCAAUAGGUGAGCAGCUUGGUUUGAAGAAAUCAACUGUGGGAGCAAUUAUUAGGAAAUGGAAGACAUACAAUUCACUAAUUGCGGGUACUAUUUAAUGAACUGUAAAUACACUGUAUUUCUGAUCAAUUUGUGUUUAUUUUAAUGGACAAAUAAAAAUCAUUUUCUUUCGAAAACAAAAAACAUUUCUAAGUGAUCCCAAACUUUUGAACGGUAGUGUAUAUUGUUUUUUAUCCACCCACCCAUCAUCCAACCACCUAUCCAAACCAACCUUCAUCCAUCCAUCCACCCCACCCACCCAUCCAUCCAUCCAUCCAUCCAUCACUCACCCCCAGGCCGGAAGCUCCAGCGGCUGGAGGCCGAGGUCCACGAGCUGGAGGCUGAGAACCAGAGCCUGCAGGCUGGGUUGGAGGAGCUGAGGAUCUCCUCGCGGCGCAUGGAGCAGCUGGAGCAGGAGAAGCAGACCUGGAGCAGGAGCUUCAGGCCUGGAGAGAGACAAGAGGAGGUGAGAAGGGAACCGCAGGCUGAGGCAACAGGCAGAGAUCCAGGACUCUACCCUGAUGGGAGCAACUGAGGGUGGCAAUCUCCCUCGAUCUGGGGCUCCACGCAAGAUCUCACCCCGUGGGGUCAAAAUGAUCACAAGAACGGUGAGCAAAAAUCCCAGAACCACACAGGGGGACCUAGUGAAUGACCUGCAGAGAGCUGGGACCAAAGUAACAAAGCCUACCAUUAGUAACACACUACGCCGCCAGGGACUCAAAUCCUGCAGUUCCAGACGUGUCCCCCUGCUUAAGCCAGUACAUGUCCAGGCCCGUCUGAAGUUUGCUAGAGUGCAUUUGGAUGAUCCAGAAGAGGAUUGGGAGAAUGUCAUAUGGUCAGAUGAAACCAAAAUAGAACUUUUUGGUAAAAACUCAACUCGUCGUGUUUGGAGGACAAAGAAUGCUGAGUUGCAUCCAAAGAACACCAUACCUACUGUGAAGCAUGGAGGUGUAAACAUCAUGCUUUGGGGCUGUUUUUCUGCAAAGGGACCAGGACGACUGAUCCGUGUAAAGGAAAGAAUGAAUGGGGCCAUGUAUCGUGAGAUUUUGAGUGAAAACCUCCUUCCAUCAGCAAGGGCAUUGAAGAUGAAACGUGGCUGGGUCUUUCAGCAUGACAAUGAUCCCAAACACACUGCCCGGGCAACGAAGGAGUGGCUUCGUAAGAAGCAUUUCAAGGUCCUGGAGUGGCCUAGCCAGUCUCCAGAUCUCAACCCCAUAGAAAAUCUUUGAGGGAGUUGAAAGUCCGUGUUGCCCAGCGACAGCCCCAAAACAUCACUGCUCUAGAGGAGAUCUGCAUGGAGGAAUGGGCCAAAAUAGUGUGUGAAAACCUUGUGAAGACUUACAGAAAACGUUUGACCUGUGUCAUUGCCAACAAAGGGUAUAUAACAAAGUAUUGAGAAACUUUUGUUAUUGACCAAAUACUUAUUUUCCACCAUAAUUUGCAAAUAAAAUCAUAAAAAAUCCUACAAUGUGAUUUUCUGGAUUUUUUUUUCUCAUUUUGUCUGUCAUAGUUGACGUGUACCUAUGAUGAAAAUUAAAGGCCUCUCUCAUCUUUUUAAGUGGGAGAACUUGCACAAUUGGUGGCUGACUAAAUACUUUUUUUCCCCACUGUAUAUAUACACAUGUACAGUGGGGAGAACAAGUAUUUGAUACACUGCCGAUUUAGCAGGUUUUCCUACUUACAAAGCAUGUCCAGAAAAUCACAUUGUAUGAUUUUUAAGUAAUUAAUUUGCAUUUUAUUGCAUGACAUAAGUAUUUGAUACAUCAGAAAAGCAGAACUUAAUAUUUGGUACAGAAACCUUUGUUUGCAAUUACAGAGAUCAUACGUUUCCUGUAGGUCUUGACCAGAUUUGCACACACUGCAGCAGGGAUUUUGGCCCACUCCUCCAUACAGACCUUCUCCAGAUCCUUCAGGUUUCGGGGCUGUCGCUGGGCAAUACGGACUUUCAGCUCCCUCCAAAGAUUUUCUAUUGGGUUCAGGUCUGGAGACUGGCUAGGCCACUCCAGGACCUUGAGAUGCUUCUUACGGAGCCACUCUUUAGUUGCCCUGGCUGUGUGUUUCGGGUCGUUGUCAUGCUGGAAGACCCAGCCACGACCCAUCUUCAAUGCUCUUACUGAGGGAAGGAGGUUGUUGGCCAAGAUCUCGCGAUACAUGACCCCAUCCAUCCUCCCCUCAAUACGGUGCAGUCGUCCUGUCCCCUUUGCAGAGAAGCAUCCCCAAAGAAUGAUGUUUCCACCUCCAUGCUUCACGGUUGGGAUGGUGUUCUUGGAGUUGUACUCAUCCUUCUUCUUCCUCCAAACACGGCGAGUGGAAUUUAGACCAAAAAGCUCUAUUUUUGUCUCAUCAGACCACAUGACCUUCUCCCAUUCCUCCUCUGGAUCAUCCAGAUGGUCAUUGGCAAACUUCAGACGGGCCUGGACAUGCGCUGGCUUGAGCAGGGGGACCUUGCGUGCGCUGCAGGAUUUUAACCCAUGACGGCGUAGUGUGUUACUAAUGGUUUUCUUUGAGACUGUGGUCCCAGCUCUCUUCAGGUCAUUGACCAGGUCCUGCCGUGUAGUUCUGGGCUGAUCCCUCACCUUCCUCAUGAUCAUUGAUGCCCCACGAGAUGAGAUCUUGCAUGGAGCCCCAGAACGAGGAUGAUUGACCGUCAUCUUGAACUUCUUCCAUUUUCUAAUAAUUGCGCCAACAGUUGUUGCCUUCUCACCAAGCUGCUUGCCUAUUGUCCUGUAGCCCAUCCCAGCCUUGUGCAGGUCUACAAUUUUAUCCCUGAUGUCCUUACACAGCUCUCUGGUCUUGACCAUUGUGGAGAGGUUGGAGUCUGUUUGAUUGAGUGUGUGGACAGGUGUCUUUUAUACAGGUAAUGAGUUCAAACAGGUGCAGUUAAUACAGGUAAUGAGUGGAGAACAGGAGUGCUUCUUAAAGAAAAACUAACAGGUCUGUGAGAGCCGGAAUUCUUACUGGUUGGUAGGUGAUCAAAUACUUAUGUCAUGCAAUAAAAUGCAAAUGAAUUACUUAAAAAUCAUACAAUGUGAUUUUCUGGAUUUUUGUUUUAGAUUCCGUCUCUCACAGUUGAAGUGUACCUAUGAUAAAAAUUACAGACCUCUACAUGCUUUGUAAGUAGGAAAACCUGCAAAAUCGGCAGUGUAUCAAAUACUUGUUCUCCCCACUAUAUAUAUACUAUAGUUCCAAAGUUUGGGGUCACUUAGAAAUGUCCUUGUUUUCGAAAGAAAAUUAUUUUUUUGGUCCAUUAAAAUAACAUCAAAUUGAUCAGAAAUACAGUGUAGACAUUGUUAAUGUUGUAAAUGGCUAUUGUAGCUGGAAACGGCUGAUUUUUUAUGGAAUAUCUACAUAGGCGUACAGAGGCCCAUUAUCAGCAACCAUCAGUCCUGUGUUCCAAUGGCACGUUGUGUUUGCUAAUCCUAGUUUAUCAUUUUAAAAGGCUAAUUGAUCAUUAGAAAACCCUUUUGCAAUUAUGUUAGCACAGCUGAAAACUGUUGUGCUGAUUAAAGAAGCAAUAAAACUGGCCUUCUUGAGACUAGUUGAGUAUCUGGAGCAUCAGCAAUUGUGGGUUCGAUUACAGGCUCAAAAUGGCCAGAAACAAAGAACCUUCUUCUGAAACUCGUCAGUCUAUUCUUGUUCUGAGAAAUGAAGGCUAUCCAUGUGAGAAAUUGCCAAGAAACUGAAGAUCUCGUACAACGCUGUGUACUACUCCCUUCACAGAACAGCUCAAACUGUCUCUAACCAGAAUAGAAAGAGGAGUGGGAGGCCCCGGUGCACAACUAAGCAAGAGGACAAAUACAUUAGAGUGUCUAGUUUGAGAAACAGACGCCUCACAGGUCUUCAACUGGCAGCUUCAUUAAAUAGUACCCGCAAAACACCAGUCUCUGCCUAGAAGGUCAGCAUCCCGGAGUCGCCUCUUCACUGUUGACGUUGAGACUGGUGUUUUGCGGGUACUAUUUAAUAAACUGUAAAUACACUGUAUUUCUGAUCAAUUUGAUGUUAUUUUAAUGGACAAAUAAAAUCAUUUUCUUUCGAAAACAAAGACAUUUCUAAGUGACCCCAAACUUUUGAACGGUAGUGUAUAUUGUUUUUUUUAUCCAACCAACCUUUCAUCCAUCCAUCCACCCCACCCACCCAUCCAUCCUUUCACUCACCCCCAGGCCGGAAGCUCCAGCGGCUGGAGGCCGAGGUCCACGAGCUGGAGGCUGAGAACCAGAGCCUGCAGGCUGGGUUGGAGGAGCUGAGGAUCUCCUCGCGGCGCAUGGAGCAGCUGGAGCAGGAGAAGCAGACCCUGGAGCAGGAGGCUUCAGGCCUGGAGAGAGACAAGAGGAGGCUGGAGAAGGAGAACCGCAGGCUGAGGCAACAGGCAGAGAUCCAGGACUCUACCCUGGAUGGGAGCAACCUGAGGGUGGCUAGUCUGGAGAGAGAGAACAGGUAUGAUGCUAAUGGUCACCAUAGUAUGAUCAUGGUGCUAGCAGCGUCAGGGUUGUGGGUUUGAUUCCUGCUGGGAUCACAUGUAUAAAAAAUGUAUGCACUCAUAUACAAUACAAUAUACAAAAAUGUAUGCCCUCACUGUAAUAUAAGUCGCUUUGGAUAAAAGCAUCUGCUAAAUGGCUUAUAUUUCUAUUAUAUCGUAACAGGGAGAUGGGGAAGGAGGUGGAGAGGCUGAAGGAGGUGGAGGAGAGGGUCAAGGGGCUGGAGAGGGAUAACAGAGAGCUGGCCAAGCAGGGAGCGAUCAACCAGAGGGCCCUGGUCACCCUGAGAGAGGUGAAGCUACUCAGAUCAGCAUUAGCUUCUUAUUUGUGAUAUUCAUGUUUUUCAGUGUGCCUGACAUGACAGAUUUGUAAGCUUCCUUAUGGAAAGAUAAAGUUAAGCUAGCUUGAAGUCAUGGAGAUUUAGAUCACAUAUCAUGCAUAUAUAUAUAUAUAUAUAUAUAUAUAUAUAUAUAUAUAUAUAUAUAUAUAAAUUACUUUGAUUUAUCAGCUCUCUGAUAAAGAGGUAAUUGAUAAAUAGGUAAUUGGUCACAAUAGCUUUACAUGGCUGCAAGAGAAAUCACUGAACUGAAAUAUGUUGUUAUGAUACAAAAAACUGAUAUUUCUGACCGUCUUUCCUCUGUAGGAGUUGGUGAGUGACAAGCUGAAGACCCAGCAGAGGGAAAAUGAGCUGGAGAGGCUGGCCCACGAGCUGGAGAUGAGAGUCCUCAACCAGGACACAUCACCACAGAGUGACGAGGAAACUCCAGAUAACAGGUAAAAACUGGACACAGCGAGGUUCAUGCAACUGAUUUAGUCUACACCCCAAAAACCAGGAUAGAUGAUAGUUACACAUAUCUUGAAUUAAGUUUGUGAAUGACUGCGUUAUAAACAUGACAAUAGACUGGUGAGUUAUUUUUCAAGGAAAUCAAUUCAUCAAUCAGUGACUUGUAAAAAACCAAUCAAAAUACAGAGAAAUUAGUCAACUUGUAUUUCUCCAUAUAUUGUUCUAAAUCCCCCUUUCUUUUCUUUCCCUCUCCCCAGUAGGUUCAAGAUGUUGGAGUCUGAGCUGGAGUCAUCUCUGAAGAGGUCCCUACAGAUCAAAGAAGACAAGAUGGCUGCCGUGGAGGCCCGGCUGCAGGAGUCCUCCACCCUCAACCAGCAGCUACGUCAAGAGCUCAAGACUGUGAGUCUGGCCUAAAGUUCUUCAGUUUCGAAUGGAAACUAUACCUUUUCUACAUUCAUUCACUUUUACAUUGGCGUUCUUUGUCAAAGUGUAUUGAAGUUUGAAGUUUAAAAAUGACUUCACUCAGUGGCGAUAUCUGACCUUUGAUCUUGACCCCCUACAGGUGCGUCUGAACUACGAGGCCCUGCUGCAGAGGGAGGAGGAGGAGCAUGCGGCCCGUAGCCCCACCCCCCAGAGGGAGAGUGACAUGGCGGUAAGCGAAUGGCAGCGGGAAAGCCAGGAGGCCACCAGGGAGCUGCUGAGGGUCAAGGACCGCCUCAUCGAGGUGGAGAGGAACGUGAGUGGAGAACUUUGUGUCAUCAUGUUGUAACUAAGCACUGAUGCUCUUAUUUCAAUUUUAAUAUUUUCUGAAAUGCAUCUGACUUUGUGUAAAGUCCUCCAAAUAAUGACUAUUGGAUGAUACAAAUCAAACCUACAUUACAUUUACAUUUUAGUCAUUUAGCAGAUGCUUCAUUACUUCAUUACAUUACAUUGCCAAAUGUUGUCCAUCUCAACCAGACUCUCUUACUAUAAUCAAAAUCAAAUCAAAUCAAAUUGUAUUUGUCACAUACACGUGUUUAGCAGAUGUUAUAGCGGGUGUAGCGAAAUGCUUGUGCUUCUUUGUGUAAAGUCCUCCAAAUAAUGACUAUUGGAUGAUACAAAUCAAACCUACAUUACAUUUACAUUUUAGUCAUUUAGCAGAUGCUUCAUUACUUCAUUACAUUACAUUGCCAAAUGUUGUCCAUCUCAACCAGACUCUCUUACUAUAGAUCAACACCAGCGUCACAUUUUGUCAAUGUAUUAUUGACUUCUUCCUCCCUCCCCUACUGCAGAAUGCCACACUGCAGGCAGAGCGUCAGGCGCUGCAGGCCCAGCUCAGACAGUUGGAGACCCAGUCAGACGGCCUGCAGGCUCAGAUCCUGGCCCUGCAGAGACAGACCGCCUCCCUGCAGGAGAACAACACGGCUCUGCAGACACACAACGCUAACCUGCAGGUCAGAGGAGCAACAAGACCUGAUAUACUAAUAUACUCCUAGUAUACUGAUAAGAUACUCAUAAUACAGAAAUACCCACACACUGAUUUAGUACUUCCAAAAACUUUUAUUUUGAAGUGAAUACUUUUAUUUUGAAGUGAAAUCUGUGUGCAGAUAUCCAUUCUGCAUUGGAUUCAUCUUGUUUUUAUACCUAGGACUAACCCACUUCCUAUAGAGUCCAUUCAUACAUGGUAUGAGUAGUAUUUAAUCUUAUACAGUAUAAACUCAUACCUUUGAAUUACAUAAUAAUAAUCUCCACGCCUAUCCAUCCACAGGUGGAGAAGUCCACUCUGAACUCCCAGAGUGCAUCACUCCUGGCCCAGAACGCCCAGCUCCAAUGCCAACAAUCCAGCACUGAGGGCGAUAAGGAGGUGGCCAUGCGUGAGCGCGAGGAGCUGCGUGGCGUGCACGACCAGCUCCUGAGGGACCACGAGAGGCUGGCGGCGUUGCACGAGAGACAAGCCAUAGAGUACGAGGCCCUGAUGGGAAAACACGGCUGUCUGAAGAACGUCCACCGCACACUGGAGCUGGAGCAUAGAACGCUGGAAGACAGGUAAAGGAGGGGGACCAGAGACCAUUCUGGUUCUAAGUAAUGGUUCAUGAUAUACAAUAUGAAUGCUUGAUUAAUGGUUGCUUAAAUUCCACCUCUCAACAUAAAAGUAUUUUUUAGUUAUGUUCGCGUGCAACAAUGAGGAUAUCUGUUGUGCCACAAAGUCAAGUGGAUCUUAGAACUGCAGUAUAUCUGUACCAAUGACGCUGUGAGUCGAGAAGCAGGUGCAGGUGAAACGUUUAAUAAAACAUGAAAGGAGACAGUGUAACAGUGGCGAUAUAGCAUACACACAGGAACAAUACCGACUGAGGACUAAACGUAAGGGAGGGACAUAUAAAGGAGAGGUAAUGAGGAAGGUAAUGUAGUCCAGGUGUGAAUGAUAAUGAUCUGCAGGAGCGCAUAAUGAUGGAUGCCAGGUGUGCGUAAUGAUGGAUGCCAGGUGUGCGUAAUGAUGGAUGCCAGGUGUGCGUAAUGAUGGAUGCCAGGUGUGCGUAAUGAUGGAUGCCAGGUGUGCGUAAUGAUGGAUGCCAGGACCGGUGGUUAGUAUUCCCGGCGACGCCGCACGCCGGAAGGGAGGAGAAGGAGUAGACGUGACAAUAUCCGUCCUACCCAUUUCUUUUUCUAUCAAAGACACUCAUCAACGGCUGUGACACUCAUUUCCCAUCCAUGCAACAACAAAAAACAGCAACUGAGGGGAAAGCUCUCUAAAUAACCACAAUGGUGUGUUGCUGUAGGUACAAAACCCUGCUGCAGCAGAAGGCCACUCUAGAGGGUCUGGAGAAGGCUCUGAGAGAGGAGGAGAACAAGAUGGCUGUGGAGAAGGAGCAGCACAGGACCACCGCCUCAGAGUGUCGACAGCUCCGGGAUGAGAAGGAGUGGUGAGGGGCACAUGUAGCAUAACACACACACACACACACACACACACACACAGCAUCUCCUACAGAUCACAAAGACUCCCACACAGCAUAGCUCACUACACACAUAAGCUCACAAUAAAGAGAGUUUCAGGAUGAUAUCUUUGACCUAGAGUUCAGAGACAUUGCUUGUAUAAGUGUUUUUAUAAAUAUGUUUUUGAUUUACUUUAUCAGUGUUUCUUCUAUGAAUAUUUCUACGUGCCCCAGGCUGAACAAGACGUACCGUCAGCUGUUGAAGGAUCAGGAGGAGCUUCAGGCGGACCAUAAGAACAUGAAGACCCUGCUGAACAGCACCAAGCUGGAGCAGACCAAGCAAGAGUCCAACUUCAACAAGCUCAGAGAGCAGUACCAACAGCUAGACAUCACCAACACCAAGCUCACCAACCAGUGUGAGGUAUGAAGGAUAUACUUAACCAAUAAGGCACGAGGAGGUGUGGUAUAUGGCCAAUAUACCACGGCUAAGGGCUGUUCUUACGCACGACGCAACACGGAGUGCCUGGAUACAGACCUUAGCCAUGGUAUAUUGGCCAUAUACCACAAACCCCUGAGGUGCUAAAUGACUAAAAUGUCAAUGUAAAUGUGCCUUAUUGCUAUUAAAAACUGGUUACCAACGUAAUUACAGCAGUAAAAAUAAAUGUUUUGUCAUACCCAUGGUAUACGGUCUGAUAUACCACGGCUGUCAGCCAAUCAGCAUUCAGGGCUCGAACCACCCAGUUUAUAAUAAUACGUUCACCAUCCAGGUUCAUUUUAGUUAUAAUUAAAAAUAUGUUUACCUAAAAGCACCCAUUUUAAAUCAGUCAAAACUUUAGCAAAAUUCUAAUAAUCUGUACAGUUGUAAUAAAGCUGUUUUUGAUCGUAUUUUAAUGAAAUGAGGCUCGUACCCUCAGGCCUGAAUCCCAGCGAGCCAUCGACUGGGCCACAAAAGCAUCCUCAUGUGGAAGAGUCAAUAUCCGCUCUUAUCAACCCAGGGUCGUUACACAACUCUCUCCUUUCAAAAUGCACGUCCUCGCCCUAGCCUACGCCUCAACGUCUUACAGGAACGCGCUACCGGCCAAGCACACUUACGUUCGUGGAUGCAAGGUCCGAUCACUUCUGACACCAAUGUAAUGAAACAGGAAGGGAGUGCGGCUCGAACCCUCAACCUUCUGUCCCGAAGCCCAGCGCGCCAUCGACUGUGCCACAAAAGCAUGCUCAUGUGGCAAAGUCGAUCUCCACCCUUAUAAACCCAGGGUCGUUACAGCAUUGCUAGCAAAGUAAUUGGAUUUGUAUUCCCCAAGCACUAUACAAAGAGGCCAUGUGAUGAUAUACACAUUUGUAUUUGCUCUCAAAGCAGUUUUGUGCCAGGUUUAUGUGUUGUAGUAAUUAUAUCAUUAGAAAAGUCAUUGACAUAUAAUAUGUGUGAUUGUGUCUAGCUGUUGAGUCAGUUGAAGGGGAACCUGAAGGAGGAGAACCGUCACCUGCUGGACCAGAUCCAGACCCUGAUGCUGCAGAACCGCACCCUGCUAGAACAGACCAUGGAGAGCAAAGACCUGUUCCACGUAGAACAGAGACAGCACAUGUAUGAAACCCACCUAUCUCUCUGAGUGCCAAGUCAUAGGGCUUUAACCCCUUGCAAUCCAACUUGCAGUUAAUGGACUGAAUUGAAGUUAAUUGAACCAUAUAGAAUUGAUUUUCCACCAGCUGUACAGUAUAUCUACAGUAUAUAAGAACAUAUUUAGUACAAUGGUAGCUACACCCACAGUAUAGUACUUCUCAUAAUGAUAGACUUAUGGAAUGUAUUCACAUUAUGGUGAAACAAUGGGCUUCACAUAGGACACAAGGCAUUCCAGAUCAGCACAAAACAAAAGCCAUUGUUUUAGCUAUAGAGCACCAUUGCACCAAAAACACAGUGCAUCCCAUCAUAUUUAGAGCACCAAAACCACUGGGCCUCUGAGUUUGACAGAGCAUGCUCUGCACUGAUGGAGUGCAGCGGGGUUGUGGAUUAUUGAUGUAGUCUGCCAUCUGUAGUGCCAGUUUAGAAAAAAAGUUGACUGACCUAAAAUAAAUCCUCUCCAUCUCUGUAAGUGUCAACAUUGGCCUAUAUUGAAUAAAUCUCCCCCAUUUUGAGUUUAUCUUCUGGACAUAUGGGGCAUACUAAGCUAUGUGUAAUAUGUAUGAAAGUAAGGAAAUAUAACAUUCACAUUCUUUUCACCUGGGUCGUAUUCAUUGCGGCAUGCAAUGGAAAUCGCUUUGCAACGGAAAACAGAAAUGAGAGUUUCUUAUUGGAUGAGUACAUGUAGUCCCUCCCUGUUUCAGUCCAUUUUCUUCCAUUUGGUGCCUAAUAAAUACGACCUUGGGGUUUGAUGGUGUUUAAAGGUGCCGGGUCGGACAUUGAGACAGUUCAGUCAGGGUUUAUUCUAAGAUGUAAACAUACCAGCCAUCUUUGCAGCAGCGACACCUCUUCUGUUGAUGUUACCUCUCUGUGUGAAACAUGGUGUUUUUCUCUCUCUCCUCUCUCUCAGAGACAAGCUGAAUGAGCUGAGGAGACAGAAGGAGAAGUUGGAGGAGAAGAUCAUGGAUCAGUAUAAGUUCUAUGACCCCUCACCCCCACGGAGGUACAGUGCCAUUUGGAGAGGAAUCAAUUGAAUCUUGUCAAAGUGACAAGAUUCAUUCGUUUUGAUAAAGUAUUAGUUAGUUUUACCUGUUUAUUUUUAAGACAAUUUUCCCAUCAGGGACAAUAACGUUUAUCCUAUUCUAUAUCGAUUUUAACAUAUAUAUUAUAUUUCCCGAGGCGUGGGAACUGGAUCGCCCUGAAGAUGAGGAAGCUGAUGAAGCCGAAGAGCCGCGAGCGUUGUGGCCCCGCCUCCUCCUCUGACCACCACCGCUCCCUCAGCCCCACACGCUCCGGCUCCUUCGAGGCCCUCCCGCCCACCUCCCCCUCUGCUUCCUGUUGCCAGGACAACGGCUCCUUCGUGGGUUCGGACGGCUCGGGUGGGUCCACCACCUCCCCCCGGAGGAGCAGCAGUGAGUAUGACCUCCUUAACCCCUCUCGUUGGUCCAGUCUGAGAGCCCUGAUAGGCCAGGCAGAAAAGGGCUGUCCAAUCACGCUCCACCAUCACCGCAGGCCCCCCCGCUCCGCUAUGAGCCAUAGGUCAAGAAGAGAGAGCGACAGCUAGGCCCCUCCCCCCGCCACGGACAUCAGGGAUAGAACAGAAAGAUAUGGGCGGAGCCAGUUACUGCAGGGCCCUCCCACAUCUGCCACCGAUUGGACAGGGAGACAGAAGUCACUCAAUUGCUACAUCUUUAUUGAACGGCCCUACAAGACAGACUCCUCCUAUCUGUAUCAAGAUAGACACGCCUCCCAGGCUCUUCACACCGAGAUCUAUGAGAAGGAAUAAAAAAAUGAUCUGGUGAAAGCUCAUCUGUUGCUGUGCCAUUGUAUAGGAGUCUCCUGGGUAGCAAAUCUUCAUACACACUUGACUUUUGAAGUGGUAAAAUGUAGGGCUGCUCUGUCUGUAUGUAUCCUGUAUAGCAGGGGUACUCAACUCUUACCCUACGAGGUCCGGAGCCUGCUGGUUUUCUGUUCUACCUGAUAAUUAAUUGCACACACCUGGUGUCCCAGGUCUAAUUCAGUCCCUGAUUAGAAGGGAACAAUUAAAAAUGCAGUGGAACUGGCUUCAAGGUCCAGAGUUGAGUUUGAGGGCUGUACAGUAUAAGUGGGUUUCUAUGACAGACAGUGCAUGCAGAAACAGUUGUUACAUCGUGUUGCACUAUGGAUAUGUCUGCAUGUAUGUGGAUCCUUCCCUCAAUAAGGCUAAACUCGUGUUUUGUCUAUUUCUGUCUAUCCCCAUGUACAGUCGUGGUCAAAAGUUUUGAGAAUGACACAAAUACUAAUUUUCACAAACUCUGCUGCCUCAGUUUUGAUGAUGGCAAUUUGCAUAUACUCCAGAAUGUCAUGAAGAGUGAUCCGAUGAAUUGCAAUUCAUUGCAAAGUCCCUCUUUGCCAUGAAAAUGAACAUUUCCACUGCAUUUCAGCCCUGCCACCAGCUGCCAUCAUGUCAGUGAUUCUCUCGUUAACACAGGUGAGAGUGUUGACGAGGACAAGGCUGGAGAUCACUUUGUCAUGCUGAUUGAGUUAGAAUAACAGACUGGAAGCUUUAAAAGGAGGGUGGUGCUUGAAAUCAUUGUUCUUCCUCUGUUAACCAUGGUUACCUGCAAGGAAACACGUGCCGUCAUCAUUGCUUUGCACAAAAAGGGCUUCACAGGCAAGGAUAUUGCUUCUAGUAAGAUUGCACCUAAAUCAACCAUUUAUCUGAUCAUCAAGAACUUCAAGGAGAGAGGUUCAAUUGUUGUGAAGAAGGCGUCAGGGCGCCCAAGAAAGUCCAGCAAGCGCCAGGACCGUCUCCUAAAGUUGAUUCAGCUGCGGGAUCGGGGCACCACCAGUGCAGAGCUUGCUCAGGAAUGGCAGCAGGCAGGUGUGUGUGCAUCUGCACGCACAGUGAGGCGAAGACUUUUGGAGGAUGGCCUAGUGUCAAGAAGGGCAGCAAAGAAGCCACUUCUCUCCAGGAAAAACAUCAGGGACAGACUGAUAUUCUGCAAAAGGUACAAGUAUUGGACUGCUGAGGACUGGGGUAAAGUCAUUUUCUCUGAUGAAUCCCCUUUCCGAUUGUUUGGGGCAUCCGGAAAACACCUUGUCCGGAGAAGACAAGGUGAGCGCUACCAUCAGUCCUGUGUCAUGCCAACAGUAAAGCAUCCUGAGACCAUUCAUGUGUGGGGUUGCUUCUCAGCCAAGGGAGUGGACUCACUCACAAUUUUGCCUAAGAACACAGCCAUGAAUAAAGAAUGGUACCAACACAUCCUCCGAGAGCAACUUCUCCCAACCAUCCAAGAACAGUUUGGUGACAACCAAUGCCUUUUCCAGCAUGAUGGAGCACCUUGCCAUAAGGCAAAAGUGAUAACUAAGUGUAUCAGGGAACAAAACAUCAACAUUUUGGGUCCAUGGCCAGGAAACUCCCCAGACCUUAAUCCCAUUGAGAACUUGUGGUCGAUCCUCAAGAGGCGGGUGGACAAAGAAAAACCCACAAAUUCUGACAAACUCCAAGCAUUGAUUAUGCAAGAAUGGGCUGCCAUCAGUCAGGAUGUGGCCCAGAAGUUAAUUGACAGCAUGCCAGGGCGGAUUGCAGAGGUCUUGAAAAAGAAGGGUCAACACUGCAAAUAUUGACUCUUUGCAUAAACUUAAUGUAAUUGUCAAUCAAAGCCUUUGACACUUAUGGAAUGCUUGUAAUUAUACUUCAGUAUACCAUAGUAACAUCUGACAAAAAUAUCUCAUAACACUGAAGCAGCGAACUUUGUGAAGAACAAUACUCUCAAAACUUUUGACCACGACUGUAUGUAUUGUGUGUGUGUGUGUGUGUGUGUGUGUGUGUUAACGUGUUCUCUCCGUUCCCCUCCAUUCAUCCUCCCCUGUUUCUCCCUCCCCUGUCCCUUGUUGUCCCACACUGUAAAGUAUCCACUCUGAAAAUCUUUCCCCUUAUGAGGAACAGACUGAAGGAUAAGGACAAAGUCAAGUCCCUCUUCCGUCGUUCCAUGUGUAAGAAACAUGAUGGAUCGAUGUCUAGUGACUACCUCAUCUUGGCUGCAACCUGCCUAUUUUCUCAUCAUUAGCGAACUAUUAGCCUGGGUCCCAGAUCUGUUUGUGCUGUCUUGCCAACUUCUUAGGAUUGACAAUUCCGUAAGAAGUUGGCAAGACAGCACAAACUGAUCUGGGACCCAGGCUAGUGAACUAUGCUUUACCUUAUUCUUUAGUCUACCAUUGUCUUAAUGAAUGCAGCAGAAAUCCUUCUAGACAAUACUCUUGGAAUUCUGUGUAAAAUUCUGCAGAGUGUGCAGCUUGGCAACAUUCCUAUAAUUGAGUUCAGCCAUAAUUUUGCUAUAUAUUGCAAUUUUGAUAACCAUACCCACUCUUUCUCGCCGUUCUCAUAAGCAUCCGACACAAUAGAUAUUUUCACUCUAUUGUUCUCUAUUCAGUUCUGUAGAGUUACCCAAGAGGUCAGGGGAAUACUGCAUUGCAGAACACUGGUGCUGCAUAAUGCUCUAGUUUCUCAGGACCAGAUUGCUGGAAGGCAGGAAGACUGUGUAGAAUCUUCUCUCCUUUGAAUGAAAGACAGGAAGGGAAAAAAAGAAAUUAAGAAAAAUAUUAAGAAAAUAAAAAAUUAUAGGACUUCCCCAUUACCAGAGGCAACUCAAGUCAUCUCUCUCCACCUCCACCCCCAGCCCUGAAUGACCUGGACAAACUGGAUGACUUGGUGUACCCCUCAACCCUGUCUGAGGACCCUGAGCAGCUAGAGGGGUCAGAGGUCAAGAAUGACAGAUCCAGGAAGGAGUCUAUGACCUCAUCCAUGAGCGACUCCAUCUUGUCCAUCAUCAACCAUCAACACCAGCCCACCACCACUCCAUUGGUUUAUCUCCCCACUGCCACUGCCGCUGCCACUGAUAGCACUGAGCUAUGUUUGACAGGUAGAGUCAUUCCACCAGCCAUAUUACAUCCUCCCAUUAGCCAUCUUCAUGAGCUAUCUGCUAUGAACUCCUUUGCUGUAGUUUUAAGAAUCAUGCUACAAGGGUACAUUUGCUAAGGGGCUUGAGCUACAACGUCUCUAUAGGGAUGUGUUGCUUCAUGCAUCUGCAAUUGAGUUUGUUUGAAUGAACACUACCACUUCCCAUAUGCUUCUCUUGCUUUUAACCUGACCAGUUUGACCGCAACACCGCCUCACUCCUGGAAACCCAUACAGUGUUGUCUCAUUUUCUGUCCCCUGCCAUUUUGUGUUCCACAGACAAGGAUUCUAAUGACAGUGCUGUGGCAGCUGGCUUUGAUGACGGUGAUGAACUACAAAGCCACGGUGAACAACACCCCACUAACUCAUGAGUCCCCAAAUGGCACCCUAUUCCCUACACUGUGCACUACUUUUGACCAGAGCCCUAUGUAGAGAAUAGGAUGUCAUUUGGGAUGCAGGUCAUGUAUACAGAUGUAUAAGGAAUUAAAAUGAAGAAUAAAUCAAUAUAACUGUUAACAUGGCCUUUUUUCAAGUUAAUCUCUUAUUUUGCUCAAAGUAGGCAUCAGUCUGAACAACUUGAUAAUACUGCCCUCUAUAGGCAGAAAUAAUUAUAUAAAAUGCAUUUACUAGCUUGUAUUGUAGUCAAUGCAAUGUUACAUAAGAAGUGUUUAUAGUACAUUGUGAAAAUGUAUACAUUUUCCGGACAGUUGUAACCAAGAGUGUAGCCUGUUGUUAAUGUAACCUAAAGGGACUUUCUCCCCAUCCACGGUUCCCCCAGGUCUGAAUGGCGUGCCGAGCCGUGCCCAGAGCCAGAGCAGCGGAGAGUUCAGCCUCAGCCAAGACAACGAACCCUGGUCCAACGGCAGUAGCCCGGUCCAGCCGCCUCCGUCAUCACGCCGCUCCUCUUCUUCCUGCCUCCCGCCUAGCGAUACCUCUACCCCCCGACACACACAGCAGAACCCCUCGCCGAACACACACACACAGGAGAACCCCUCGCCAAACACACACACACAGCAGCGAUCCACUUCCUUAACACACACCAGCAGCAACAAACACAAGGAGAGGGUAGGAGUAAAUAACUCCUCACCUAUUGCCAUAGCAAACACCCAGGGUUCAGUUCCCUGUAGGGGCAGGGAGGUGGGUAGCACCCAAGACCCCUGGCCCAGAAGGAGUGUCCUCAGGAGGUGCGCCAGUGGCAGCAGAGCCCCCCAGCGCCCCUCCGAUGGGAAUGUCCCCAAAACAGCUCAGGGGCAGGUUGCCGUACUACCUCGAUCUGGAUCAGGUCUGAACAAAGCUCCAGAGACCACCACCACCCGAGCCUCAGCCAUGUCCCCAAUCACGGUGCUCUGCGUCCAGGGUAAAUCUUCCUCAAUUUCUGGGUGUCUCAACUGCUUCUCCUCCCCGUUGGGGAAGGAGGCGCGUCUAAGAGGGCCACGGUCUCCUACCUCUCUACCCCGGGCUAGUAGCGUCAUCUCAACAGCUGAGGGUUCCUCUCGACGAUCCAGUGUCAACAGUGACUGUAGGGUGAUGGUGAAAACAGAUCCCUUAACUAUCAUGGAAUCUGAUGGGAGCCCGAUUCAGGAGACGGACACGGUUAAUCCGUAUCAGAACAAGCAGAACAAUCCAGAAGAACCAGACACUGCUAAUCAACCACCACCACCAAGCAAACCCCCCAGAGACCCAGCGAUAGCCAAAUCCACCUGCCAGGAAUCCCUCUUCGGCGGCAGCCCGUUCAACCUAGACUCUGUCUUCUCAGACACUAUCUUUAGCGAGUCGGUAGUCACCACCACUACCAGUAACAACAGCAAUAAUAAUGAUAAGAACCAGACUUUCCUCUGUCUGAACCCAGAUCUGGUGCGUAACGUCAGUUGCCCUCCCCCGAGGCAGGAGUCUACUAACGGCACGGCACUGGGACACAUGGAGAAUGUACAGAGCCAAAAUGGAGGACAUGAGGACUGUGAGAGUGAUACUGUGGAAAUCACUCAGUGCUGAUUGCUGAUGACAAGCAGUUUGUAGUUGCAUGUAAACGGUCCUGUAUUGAGUUCUGCAAUAGAAACAGGUAGUUGUGAAUGUCAGUACCAACCAUUACCAACGUAGUACCAACAUUGCUUAAAAGAGAAGCAAACAUCAGAAUGAUUUGCUAUUGUGUUGAUGCAAUAGCUGUUCUUCUCCCUAUAGGUGCUUUUUAAGUAGUGAUGUUUUUGUUUUAGGCACGCAGUCCUAGUCAUUAUAUCGUUGUGUUAUACAGUAUUAUAAGAUCUCUGUUUUUGGGAUGAGAUAAUAGACUGUAUAUAAUGAUAAGAUUAACUGAAAACAUACGAAGACACAUGCACAUACUAUACUUGUUUCUCUAAUGUACAGAUUUGUAUAUUUAGUCCAAAUUAAGAUGUAAAUAAAAGGUACUUUUAGGGAAUAGGUUGUUGUUUUCAAAAAGCACAUAGACAAUCUUCCUUUAUUGUUUGACAAAAGUUUUCAGUAUUAUGCAGCCUAUGUUUUUAUUAGUAUUUAUAAGCCUGCGUUGAUUUGUGUUUUUAUUUGUGUUCAUAGGCUGUCAGUCUACAAAUGCUUAAACCCCCUAUUCAUAUGUACUUUUUGUUAUCCCCAUACAGUAGGCCUAAUUACACACAUGAACCCUUCAACCGAAAAACCAUAUCAACACUUUGGACGGAGAGCUAUCACAUACAGACUAGUAGACAACAUGUACCAGAGACUUGCGAAAGUAUUCACUGCGAAUGGCAUUUUUCCUAUUUUGUUGC